UGGGUUGAGCAUGCGCGAAAAACCCGGUUCGUCUGGCAACACAGGUGCCAGAAGUAGAAUAUGUAACAAACAUUAUUAACGACAAAUUUGUUUACAGACAAUUAUUUUACUUGGAAAACGUGAAUCUUUUAGAACAAAUGGCAGAACACCUAAUUAACGAAUUAGAAAAAGCUGCACAAAUAAUUUUAGCACCUCCAAAUUUAAUUUCAACAGAGCAACGUCGACCUGCAGAAGAAGUUUUUUUAAAUUUUCGUAAAACUAAAUUCCCUUAUCAACUCUGUCGACAAAUUUUGGAAACAAAUACCAGUGAAUACAUUCUUUUUGAAGCAGCUGGCUUAAUAAAGAUAGCAUUGAUACGAGAAUGGCCAGUUUUACCAGAAGGAGAUAUCACUUCUUUAAAACAAUACCUUUUUCAUUAUGUGAUAAACAAACCACAUUUAGCUCAGUAUGUCAAGGGGUGCAUAAUACAAACUAUUGCAAUUAUAAUCAAAAAGGGAAGUAUUAAUGAUUCUGGACAAGAACGACAACGCACAUUAGAUGAAGUGGAAAAUUUAAUAAUGACUGGUGACUUGUCAAAAAAAAUUCUGGGAUGCAAUCUCAUAUCUGCUAUAAUGCAAGAAUAUGCAACUGAUGCUAAGUCCUCGAAUAUAGACUUAACAUGGGAAAGUCAUUUUAAUGAAAAGGAUAUAUUCCAAGCUGAUAUUUUGAAAAGAAUUUUCAACUUUGCUAUCAGAAUACUCGACGAAUUAGUUACAGGAGAUAUGCAGGAGGAUACUGUGACUCUUCUGAAAUACUUACUCCCAAUUAUAGAAAAUACGCUUACAUGGAGAUUUCUUUCUGUAAGAAUACCUCUAAUCGAAUUAGAAUUCGAAUCAAAAAGUAGUCCAACAUUGAAGUUAAGCAAAGAUUGGCAAGAUGUAGUGUUAGAUCCAGCUGUCUUAGACCUAUUUUUUACGCUGUAUUGGAAAAUACGAGGUAAUCUACAAUUAGCUCAUCAUGCAAGAACUUGUUUAGUACAAAUGGCAAGCUUGAGUGGUACAAUAAUGUCAUCACAACAAGUCGAGUUGCAAUAUCUUUCUAAUUACAUGCUGAGAUUUUUAAAAUUUAUUACAAGUAUUAAUAUUAUCGACCAAGAAGCAAAUGGAAUUGCUAAUAUUAUAAGAAAUCUUUUUAAUUUUUUUCGUAAAAAUUUUAAAUCUUUACCUGAUGAUAUGUUUACAUCAUUUAUGGAACAGUUAUCUCGAAUAACUUGUCUAUUCAUAGAAAAUGCAGCACAAGAAGAAUCAUUAUGUAUUGAUGAUUGCUUGUAUACAGAAGCUUUAGAUACUUUGUUCAAAACAUGGCUAUAUUGGUCAGAGACAAAUCUAUUUCCUGCCGAGUUUUGUAAACAAAGUUCUGUCAAGAUAUUUAAUAUUUAUCUACAGUCUCAUUUGUCUGCACCAGAAGGUAUAAGAAAUAUAGAAGAAAAAGAUCUUGACAAGGAAGAAAUGGAGUUUGAGAUAGAUGAUAAAGUUAGGUUUAAGGAACAAUUGCAAACAAUUGGAAAUUUCGGAAGACAAAUUCCAAAUCAUUCUCUUCCAUUAUUGGCACAUUUAAUAGAAGAUCGUACGCUUAAAUUACGCGAAAUUCUGAAUAAAUUAGUAGGACAACCUGAAUCCUUAAAUGCAGUAAAGGAUAUAUCUAUGAUUAAAUUAUACGAAGACAUACAUUGGCUACUGCUCAUAACAGGUCACGUACUUUGCAUGGAGUCCGAAGGUGAAACUGCCGUAAUACCUUCUGACAUAAUGAUAUAUAGCAUGGAACAGGUACAACAGGGAAAAGUUGACCUAAAUCUCACACUACAAUUUUUAGCAUCAUCGGAGAAUGUCUCGUCGGAUAUUAAUGUUGCUACUGAAUCAGUAGAUCAUGUAAUUCGUUUAGUAGCAAAUGUAUUUCGUUUGUGUGCCAUAGAAAAAACUGCAAUAUCCGUUCGUCUAGAUAGUAUACUAAGCCCAGAAUUAAGUUGUACAGUAAUGUGGUUUUUACACAGAUGGUCCCUUCAUUACCUCUUAUUAGUAGAAGAUCAUUAUUCUGUAAUAAGUAUUGCAUUUAUACAAGCUUUCGGAGAAGAUACGCCCGGUGCAUCAUGGACUAUAAAUUUUCUUAUUGAAAAAAUAGUACAAAAUAUUAACGCUUUUAAAGGUGAACCAGCAUUAAUGAAGGAAACUAUAAAAUUAUUAAUAGCUCUUGUUGAUUUACCAAAGAAAGCCAGAUUCGUGUUGAAGUCUGAACGAUUUGGACAUAUUAUAGAUCUAGCUACAAAAGGACAAUACGACUUCCAGCAAGUGGUUAAAAGAGGAUUAAUGCGCGCCGUGGUUCAAGCUGGAAUUGUUAAAGAUGGAAUUAUUCACGACAAAUCUUAUUGGUCUCAGACUAUACAAGUAUUACAGGACAGAUGCAAACAGCUUACUUCGGAUGGAAAGUUUUUACAAUGUUAUCACCAAGAAGAAAUUAAAGUUCAAAUUAUAGAUAUUUUAGAAUGUUUCAUUGGAGUUGCACAAGGCGUACAAUGUGUGCAAAUUAUACAAUCCGGCAUAAUAUCAUUGUUCCAAUACAUUCGACCAGUAUUACGGGAACUUCCGAGUUUACUGUCUUUAUACCACAAUUAUCAGCAAAUAGUACAAUUAAUUUUGGAGCUCCUCGUCGAGUGUACAAACAAAGAGAUUCUUCGGCUUUUAGAAGAGACUGAAACCGAACGACAAAUGCGUGAAAUUUGUUUAAGUACAAUACAAAUUUAUGCGCGUUGCAAUGCUAAUCGGGUAACUGUAGAUUCAACUACAGAAGAAAGCAAUUGCCAAGACAUUUUGCUGCUAAUGAAGCUUCUAACUAAUAUUUUAAACAAAGAUACUACGUUCGGACCUUAUGUCAGUAGUAAGGAAUUACCGGAUAUAUUUUUAUGCGGUUUAAAUAUAAUUAUGCCUAUGGUGACUAUGGAUUUACUAAAAAUCCCAUCACUGUGUUCGCAAUAUUUUAAGAUGAUAAAAUCGCGUUGUAAAAGUUUUCCUGAUGACGUGUGCAAUUUACCUCCUGAAUUGUUACGAUCGCUUUUAGCAUCGGUAGAAUUAGGUUUAUUCUCGUUUGGUUCCGAAAUAUUCUCAAUGUGUUGUCAAAUAAUUCAAAAUUUGGCACAACAUAUUUACAAUAGUUCAAACGAACAUCCACGAAAUAAAUUAAUGGCACCAUUCUUAAAUUUACUGAUGACCGUAAGUUUAUCGCAUCAAAUCGAACCAGAUUUCAUAUUUAUCGCGGGCAUGGCUUUUUAUAAUUUGCUGUGUUGCUAUCAAGAGGAAUAUCAGCAACUUGUACAGAACAUUUUAUCUGCCCAAAGUGAUCAAAAAAUUGUACAAACACUAGCGGAUACCUGUACGAAGUUGACCGAGAAUAUAAGAUUAGAUACCAACGCUAUGAGUAGGAACGAAUUUGUAAAUCGUUAUUAUCAAUUCAUCACCAUUGUACAGGGAUUGGUAAUGAUUAAAUAAAUGUUUAAUUUGUGUCCUUUUAUACUUCGUUUUAUAAAAGAUUGUAAACCAGCAUCGAGCAACGGGGAUCUGCAUGAGAGUACGUUUAUUUUGCGUCAUGCAUCAACAUAAAAAACGGGUAUACUCUGAAAAGAAUUCGUUAAGCAUAUAAGCUUUUUAUUGACCGAUUUAUUACACGUUACCACUUACAGUGAGCCUAGCGAAAAUCGAAUAAUAAUAAUAAAUACAAGUUACAGCAUCGAUGCAUGUUUCUCAUAGCAAACGACCAGAAAUGAAAACGUUUUCGCAAUAGAUUUUUAGGUAACUUACAAACAAGUAUAUGAACUUACAUACUUGGUACAGAUCAAAUCAUCGUUAAACUUUCUCCGUACGUCAUCGGAUGAUUUUUGACAUUUGACAAAAUGCUUACGUUAAUAUUAAAUUUAUUUAUAUAUUUAUAUAAUAUACUUCAUUUGUAAGGUUUGUACACGUGUAUACAUACAUAUCUAUGUAUAUAUACAAAUAUACAUACCUUAUAUAUAUAUGUAUAAGCAAACAUAUUCUUUCGUACUCUCUCUCGUACUCACUUUCUCUCUCUCGCGCGCGGUCACGCUUAUUCAUUCUCUCUUUUUUUAUGUCUUUCCUUUCUCUCCUUCUCCCUCUUGACUCAUUCUCUUUAAUUCCGUAUUUUGACUCCUAAUAACAACAAUGAUUAUUAACCUGACCAACGGUGCCUUGCGUUUCAUUCAAGUCUCGUAUCAUGUUCCUUGUAUUUCCAUCAAUUUUCAUUAUCAUUUUUUUUUUAUUUUUCAUCCCCUUCGCAUUUACUUUCCGAUUUCAUUAUCCUUUUACGUCAUAAAUUAAGACUUUAACCCCCUGAAGCAAUGAUAGUUAGUGCAUAACCGUUUGCAAUUUUAGCUUCGUUUUACUUACACGCCCGAUUCGUUACAUAUAAUAAAUAAAUUAUAUACAAAUAAUAAAAUUUAAAUUUAAAUACUGUACAUCGUAAGUAAUAUCAAUAAAUAUUGUUCCCGCCCAUAAGCAUUAUACCCUUGUACAGUUUGUAGGCAUUUUCCUGUGGAUUAAAAAAAAGAAAAAAAAAACAAAAAAAAAA